UUUCAAGACUAUAGCAUAGUAUAUUAGAAACCCAGCACACCAAUUUAUCCUGAGAUGUGUGUAGGUAGCUCUGUCUGAGACAUCAGCGUGAACCAUGCUCCGGAAUUCGCCGUGGACGACUACCAAGUGUCUAUCUCCGUCUCUCUGUGGUAAUGGCAGGACUCCCUACGGAUUUUUUCCCUGGAUGAGAAAGCGCUCUUUAUCCAGGGCCGACAGGUGCAAAGUUCGGUUCCCGCAGAGGCAGAGGGCUCUGCUACUCUGUAGGAGCUCUUCUCAUCCCAAUCAACAUACCCACGAAUGGGAUGAGCACGAUGCCGACUAUGUGGAGGGCUACGUGGUUGAUUCAGAGCUUUUGAAGCAUCAACAGCUAAGGAAACUCGAACUUUCAGGGGAAGAGAAUACUUGGCUCUCAUCUAACCUGUUAAUGCCACCUUUCAAUGAAGCAAAAGAGUCCAUGGCUGAUCACAUAAGUUCAAUUGAACAUGUGUUUCUUCGGCACUAUAAGGAACCUACGAUAUUUCUUAGAAUAUCUUCUGAUAGCAGUCUCUUAUUUCCAAUACUUGUUGGUGAAUUCGCCAUUGAAAAGUUGAUAGAUGCUUCACAUGAAGAUGAGAAAAUUGGGGGACGUCCCAAUCAAUUUCAGCUGAUGAGAAAUCUAGUGGGGACACUUGGACAUGAAGUGCGAAUGGUACGAAUCACGGAAAGAGUGGUUAAUACAUAUUAUGCUCGUAUAUUCUUUGGCAAGCCAGGGGAGAAGGCAAUGCUUAGUGUAGAUGCACGUCCAUCAGAUGCCAUCAAUUUGGCAAAGAGAUGCAAGGUGCCCAUAUAUGUGAAUAAAGCAAUAGUUGCAAAGGAUGCGAUCAAGCUUAUAUACAAAACCCCACAUGCUUCAGGAAAAUGGAGAGAUACUAACUCAAAUUCUAGUAAUGAUCUUUCUUUGGACAGUGCUCCUGAAGGGCCAGAUCCAGUAACUGAUGAGAUUAUUUUAUUAAUGAACAUGCUAAUAGCUGCCGGGGAGGAACGCUACAAAGAUGCAGCCUUGUGGAGAGACAAACUGAACAAGCUUCGCAUGUCAAAGUGGGAAAUCUAAUCAAGGAAGAUGGUAUUGAUCUCAGUGAAAAUCUGUUGAAAUAUUGGAAUUUGAUGUGUGUUGCUUGCAAACAGAACAGAACAAUUGGAGCUUGUCAUUUCUUUCCUUCAGCUUCAGGCCAUUCUAUAUACUUUAGCAAUGGAAAUAUGUACAUAUGUAAAAAUAACGGCGUUAAAGGCCUACUGUAUAGCUUAACUGUGCCUAAUUAUGUAUGGAGGAACAACAGUAUCUUAUAAUCUGCUUCCAAGAGCAUGGUGCUAUACCUUUGUGGAAGUGCUGCUUGUUUAUUUUAAGUUAUGUUAUAUAAUCAUUUUAUAUUCGCAAAGCUAGCUUAUCAUUUUCA